AUGGCGGUAAAAUUUGGUUACAGUGUUCCUAUGGCUAUUUUUAUCAGCGCAGCUCCGAUCUUGGUCUCACUCUGCUUGACUAUUGUAGUCGUAGUCAUUUUUGAGAAGCCAGAUGCCAUGUCAGUGGUUCUUGCUGUCAUAAAAGCGGGUAUACCUGCCACAAUUACGAUUGUUUUCCCUGUGUAUUUUGUACAAAUUCAAACGGAAGGAGCUAGUCGUCAGUCCCGAUUCAGUGAAUGGAACCAGUGGUUUUUCUUCUACAUUUGCUCGCAUUUUAUUGUCAUCACAAUCUUAUGGAGAGGAGAUCAUGACAAGGUCACACUAAUUAUAGGACUCUCACUUAUGCCAUUAUAUCUUAUACUUUGUGGUAUUGAUAUGGUGGACCAUGGUUUGUUGCCAUAUUGUCCAGCGAUAGUAGAUAUCUACGAUGGGAUUGAGAUGUACUAUACCAAAUUGAAUCCAACAAACCCGGAGUGGGUGCAAAUCACGAUUUUUUUGGCUGUUAUCAUGUUCUACAUUCCUUCAGUCAUGGAAAUAUAUCAUCUAAAAUUUCCUGAAUUGAAAAGUGGAUCGAUGUCGUCUGAACGAAAAGUUAAGCUCUCUCAGUUCGUUUGCAGUUGUAUUUUCCUCGUUGUUCGCAUAAUGUUGUAUGCGUAUAAGCCACACGAGAUUAUUUUUGCUGCCAAGACUUUUAUAAGAGUGUACUGCCAUUACAAAGCAUGGUCAAAUAUGAAUUCUGCACGACAGAGUGUUUCAAUUCAGGCGACCGGAAUCUCGACAGAAAAAGCCUUGUCCCUCGUCAUUGAAG